AUGGACAGGAUCAAGGGCACCUGCCAUCAAAAGGGAAUCUAUAGAUUGUCUGUCAAUGAAUGCGACCCAGAUGCGACACCCCAGAAGAACGACUACGAGACAACCGGCAUGGAGAGAGUCCCAAAGGCAGCUUGGGAUGUGCUCCAAGCGCUCAAGAAGAAACAUUCAAUGCAAGGGAGCAGGACAUCGUUCGUGAAUCAUUUGCAAGAGCCCAACGACGGCAAUUCUUUGAUCUCACCUUGCCCAAACCAGAGGCCAUGCAAUGCAUUCCGUGGCACCGGUGGAAUGUCACAAGGCGCCAAGAUGGCAGGGUUGGUGGUGGACUGGGGAUUCGACUUUGACUACAGUGCAUGCGGCACCUAUCGACGCAACCCAUAUCGAGCAAGAAUCUAA